CCGACUGUUAGCAACGUCCCGAAUUAUUCGGGAUUAUUAAAAAGCGCGCGAUAUACGACCGAUUUUAUUCGAAAUUUAAAUUCUAUAUUCUGUCAGUAUUACGGAGUUAAGUGUGUGUGUUAUAAGUGCUGUCAGUGUGUGUGUACGUUUUAUGAAAUGAUGGAAGCGCUGAGCAGAAUAUAAAAAAAAAAAAACGAAACGGAGAUUAAGUUUUAAUUAAAAAUGAAUGAAGAAUCAAAUAAAUACGAAGAAAAUGUAACAUAACGGUUAGAGAUUAGACGUGACAAUGAUCCACGCCACAAAAGUGCCAUACCAACAUACUACAGUGUAUACAGCUACAUAUCUGUACCCGUCGAAAAGGCCGCCGGAUAAUAUCAAUGGCAAUACAAUAAGUACAAACACAACCAAAGGAUUGUUAAAUUUUAGUGAUGUUAGAAAUGAAACCAAAAACGCUGGUGAUCUUUUGAUGCUAGUCGAUGAUUUUAGUGAUUACUUUUACGGGAAUGCAAGUCAUGAUGUGUUCAGUGUUCACAAUCACACGGUGGACGUAUUCAACGACAUCAGUACAAACUGUACUAUAAACGGUACUUUCAACGUUUCUUGUUUCGAUCGUAUCGAUUCGACGCCACAGUAUAAUUACUGGGCUUUAUUGCUGUUGAUAUUUCCAUUUUUCACUUUGUUCGGUAACGUUUUAGUGAUAAUGAGCGUCGUGAGAGAAAGAACAUUGCAGACAGUAACGAACUACUUCAUAGUGAGUUUAGCGGUUGCAGAUCUUCUGGUAGCGGUGGUUGUGAUGCCUUUUGGUGUUUAUUAUUUGGUGCAUGGAUCGUGGGGUUUGCCGGCUUUCAUCUGUGAUGUAUAUAUCGCGAUGGAUGUCACGUCUUCUACUUCGAGCAUAUUUAAUUUAGUCGCCAUUUCUGUUGAUAGAUAUAUAGCAGUAACACAGCCGAUAAAAUAUGCGAAACACAAAAACAAUACACGCGUGUGGUUCACCAUCGUCCUCGUGUGGCUGGUCUCGGCUGCCAUCGGAGCGCCCAUCGUCCUCGGCCUCAACGAUACACCCGACAGGAACUUUGACGAGUGUCUCUUUAACAGUCAGAACUACGUCCUCUACUCUUCGCUAGGUUCCUUCUACAUUCCGUGCAUCAUGAUGAUGUUCCUCUACUAUAAUAUUUUUAAGGCAUUAAGAAAUCGAGCUAAAAAGCAACGUGCAGCCAAAAAGCCUCCAGUAUCUGGUGACACGAUAACCGGAGCAACAGCGGCCGUCGUGAUAGAAAAUGUAGCUCAGACGAGACAGCUCGAAACGGCGUUGGACGACCGACCUACGAACACUGGCUCCGGUAGCAACGAAGAGGAUCACGAAGACAGUUUCGACAAGCGCUCGGUGGAUCUUGAAGCUGAUGCUGAAGAGUGUCACGUGAUCCCGAAUGAUAAAUCGACAGAAUUUAUGCUAGCAACUGUCCCGGAAGAUAAGAUUAAGAUACCCAAAAAAAGUUUCAAAUCACAAUCAAUAUCAGAUCCAAAUGGUAAUAAUGAUUCUGGAUACGCACCUUCAAACAUAGAAGACAUUAUCAGAGAACAUGUAUCACCACCCCCAUCCCCCGCACUGAAAGAUGCCACGGUCUUGAAAAAUAUGGGCUGUGAAUCAAAAUGGAAGAAAAAUGGAAAGAGAGUCGAUGCGGAUUCUAGAAACGCAUCAAUUGCUUUCCGAUCGGAUGACGACCUACGAUCAAGUCACUACGACAUCCGCGAUGGAUCGUCCUGUAAAAAGGAAAGAAAAGCCAGCGCUGCGACCGCAAGAUUUACUAUCUAUAAAGCCAAUAAAGCGAGCAAAAAGAAAAGAGAAAAAUCAUCUGCUAAAAAGGAAAGAAAGGCAACAAAAACGCUAGCCAUUGUAUUAGGCGUUUUCCUAUUCUGUUGGACCCCAUUCUUCACGUGCAACGUUUUAGACGCUAUUUGCGGAAAAUUCGGCCUCCAGUUCUCCCCAGGAGUCACUGUCUUCAUCCUCAACACCUGGCUCGGGUAUAUCAAUUCAUUCUUAAACCCUGUCAUCUAUACCAUUUUCAAUCCUGAAUUUAGGAAGGCCUUUAGGAAAAUACUCAAAUGCAGCACCUAGCCCAUAGAUUAUUUGGUCGUUUUCACUCAGUAGAUCUCCAAAAUAAGUAUAUUCAUGUGUUUUAUUUAUUAGAAAUGAUAUCUGUAUGGUGAAGCUUUGAAUGUAUGUCGAUAAGAAUUAUAUAUCAUCAAACUAUAAAAUAUUCUAUGACAACGAAUAAAAUUUAUCAUUUUUCUAAGGGUUUCGGGAGAUCUACUAAACGGCCAAAUAUUUAUCUUGAAUAAAGUUUAUUACUUUGUGAUAUUUCAGUAACUGUAAAUGUUUAUGUAGAAUCUUAGCAUAUCAAAAUUAUUAGAAUUAAUAUCUUAAUAAAUAUGUAUUAUAACAUAAUUAUAUCCUAAGGUAUAUUCUACUCAACUAUCAGUAUAAAUUGUAUAAUAUAAAGUUUUGUCUUAGUCAAAAUAUUGCCAAAGUAUAAAGGAAUGUUAUUGCAGCUUUAGUUGUUUUAAGGUUGUGAUAUUUUUAAUUUUAGAUUUUUAAUUAUUUCCUAUGUAAAAA